AUGAUCUAGUCAGUUUCAACUUGCUUCUGCCAAAGGAAAAAAUUAAUACAAUCAAUGAUGGAGGAUAAGCUGAAAAAACUUAAUGAAGGAGUAAGAAUUUAAAGAAAUUAGAUCAGAAAUUAUUUGUAACUUAGAUAUUAAAAGAAUCAAGUAGAAAAAAUAAUGCAAGCUUUUAACUUUUCACUCUUAGUCAAUUUAGAGGAAUAUUGUGCCACGAUUGAUAGAUUUUUAUCAAAGCAGUAUCUUGAAAAAAUGAGAUUGGGAUUUCAAAUGUUUGACUAGAACUCUGAUGGGAGAAUUUGCAUUAAUGAUACAUUUGAGUCAAUUAAGAUACUGGGAAAUCGUAAGACUAGAAAUUUAUCGACUUUCAUCCCUAGCUAAAGAUUAAACUCCUAGGAUGAUUAAAACAAAGAGAAAGAAAGCAUGAAUGAUAGUAUACUAAGUUUCAAAAUUAGACUUAGUUAUUUAAAUCAUGAGUACGAUAAUUCCCAAGCAAACUAUCUUUAAAACCUAGGCAAAUCUAAUAUACAAAAAAUGAAUCAGUUCCUUGACAAUCUCCGAAAGUAAAAUUUCAUGAGUAGUUCCACAUAAAAUCACUCAUUUCUCGAGUUUUGUGCUGAAAAUUAUGAUGGUAAAUAUGAAGUCCCUGACAAUUAAUAUGAAUCAUAAGAUUUUUAGUAUGGAAAAUUAUCGCAGAAAAGAAAAAUUGCUAGCAGGAGCUUUGAUAUAAGGCAAGCCUUCCACUAAUAUUUGGAGAGCAAAAACACUGAAAAGAGUAGAGAUUCAAUUGAUUUUAUGGAUUUCUGUUAAUUCUAAACCUAUCCAAGAAAAUGA